AUGGCUGCCACUGCUGCUGCCGACCCUGGGGAACCUCUGUCCCCAGACGAAUUGCUCUCCAAAAGUGACACAGAGAAGACUGAAGAGGAGUUGGAAGAAGAUAAUGAUGAAGAGCUAUAUGAGACCCAGUUUGAGAGACUGUGGGUUCGGAUGGAGAUGUUCCUGGAGAGGGUCUGGUCCAUGGCAGGAGCCACGUUUGAUCUCUCCCUCUUUGUGGCUCAAAAAUUGUACAGGUUUUGCAGGGCAGCCUUGUGGAUUGGGACCAAUUCCUUUAUGAUGCUGGUUCUUCCUGUUGUCUUUGAGACUGAGAAGUUGCAAAUGCAGCAACAGCAGCAGUUGCAGCAGCAGUGGAUGCUUCUAGGGCCUAACCCAGGGUUGUCAAGAGGAAUGCCAGAGGCUCUACCUUCACUUCCUGGAAAGCUCUAG